AUGUCCCUCCUCACCACACUCAGGGCCAGGCUGCCCAGCUCGGCAUGCUCGACGGUCUCCACAGUCAGAACAUACGCUGCUAAAGCCUCAGAACAAGGCGACCCCAAGAAAGACAUCAUCCGACGUGUCCUCUACCCAGCCAACGUCAAGAAUCGACCAUCUCCAGUUGGAACAUGGCGACCUGACGUGGCUCGCGCCCUGCAGCGCGCCAUUCCCUCCGUCCAAGCCCACAACACCAUCGAACGCGCGUGGCUCCUGCAUAAACGCCAGCUGCGCAAGAAGCGCGACGCCGAGCUGGCGCGCAAGUUUGCCAGAAUGAAGGAGGCGAUGGACGAGCUUUACCACCUCGACACAAGGCUUUAUAUGGAGGCUAACAAGGCUGAUGAUCCCCGAGCGAGGAGUCAGGCGGAGAUGGCAAUGGCGAAGACGUUGAGCGUCGCGGAUUACAAGGUGUUGGAUGGGCGGAUACGGGGUCUCUUCCCUCGUGAACUCAAAAUCCCGACGGAUACUCCUUCGCGGGAGGGCUGGAACUACGAGUAUACGCCAUUCCACAGGCCUCUAUAG